CAUUGGUACUGGCAAUAUCAAACCUCGCAAACUAUUAUUCGAAGAUCAUACUCUUUUUAAUCCAUUUGGAAUGUCCUAUUACUACUGUAAGAGAAAUUGAGUCGUAUGUGGCGUGUUCUCUCGCCUGAAAUAGUUGUUGUUGUGUAACAUUUGCCACUUUUCUACACUUGACUUGUGAUUUGCUCUGGUCGAUCUGGAUGAUGACAGCUUCUGAAGUGGAGACACAGAUGGGAGGAGACAGUAUCCUGCUGGGAGCACCAGCUGAGAAGGACAAGCUCCUCACCAUGAUGAGUCAUGCCCAACGUGGACGUAUGGAUGAGCAGCGCUGUGUCUUGAACCCUACCGGGACCACUCCCUCUACCCCCAAACACACCACUACUAUACCCUCAGGUCCAGAAGCUGACCACUUCUUCAGCCUCCUGGCCAACACUCAGAGCCGUCGCCUUGAUGACCAGCGAGUGUCACUUCCUGGGUUGCCAGGGAUACAGGGUUCCAGGAUGACUCCAGUCACAACCAGGAAGUCUCACUCCAGACCAGCCUCUCCUACCCACACCUCCCCUCAAUCACACUCUCAAGAAGCAGCACCAGCUGAGCAGGACAAGUUCCUCGCCAUGAUCAGUGUAACCCAACGUGGUCGUAUGGACGAACAGCGCUGUGUCUUGAACCCUACCAGGAGUACACCCUCUACCCCCAAACACACCCCCUCUAGUACCAUCCCCUCAGGGCCAGGUUCUGAACAGUUCCUUAAACUCCUGGCCAACAGUCAGGGUCGUCGUCUGGACGACCAGCGAGUGUCCCUCGUCUCGUUGCCACGGAUAUGGAACGGACCCCAGAGCCUCCUGAGUCCUGGGACCCAGGCUACUACCUCCAAGAAGACCCAGUCCAGACCCGCCUCUCCAACCCCGGCUGACUGCCCCGAGCCGGGCUACUCCGGCAGGGGGCCUGCUAGAUCAGCCUCCUUCACCCCUGGAUCAGACAGAGAGAGGCCGGAGGUCUGUAACCAUAGACAUACUGUAUAUACAAUACAUCAUUAUCUGUAACGCUCCAUCCUGACUCCUUAUAACCCGUUAAACUCUGAACCCCUCUGGUGCCAGAAACAAUGUGACUACUACAGAGCCCGAGAUACAGCAGACCUGAAAAAUGUUAUAUGUUUGUAUUUUCUUCGGGGGGUAGGGGUUCCCCCAAUUGUCCCCAUGUUUGGGAAUAAGAGAUUUGAAUGUCUAGUUUUGAUAUAGAAUAUGUCACCAAUUACUGUUCCAAAAGAAAUGUCAGAUCUUACAGACGCACAAAUAUCAUACCUCCAAGACAUGCUAACCUCUCACCAUUACAACAACAGGGGAGGUUAGCAUUUUUUGGGGGGUAUGACAUUUGUGAGUCUAUAAUUUUCUCACCCAUCAUUAUUCACAAUUCAUUCAGGAUUAUCCGUAAUCAUUGUAGCA